AUGACCCUCGCACGGGGCGCCCACUGCUGGGUGGCGUUGGCGUUGUUCUGCCUGUUCAGCAGCUCAAACGCCAUUCAGUGGAUCACAUUUGCCCCCAUCGCCACCCCAACGAGGGAGUUCUUUCACCUAAGCACCGAGCAGCUGAAUUACUUGUCCUCCGUGUACAUGAUUGUGUUUGCCGGCGGCGUUAUCCUUGCCUGCUCGACGUUUGAGCGCUGGGGCGUGCGGCGUGGGCUUCUGAUCGGCUCUGGACUCAACGCUCUUGGGUCGGUGCUGAAGUUUGCUCCGGGGCUCUUCUGCCCGUCAUUCACGGCGCUGAUUGUGCCGCAGACGAUUAAUGCCUUUGCCCAGCUGUUCGUCUUGUCGGUCCCGCCGCUAAUUGCCGCACAUUACUUCCCGCCGAAUCGCCGUGCAUUUGCAACGGCGGUGGCGAGUACGUCCAACAGCCUCGGCAAUGCUGUCGCUCUCAUGGCACCGCCUUUGGUGGUGAAAAGUGGUAGCCGCCGCCCCUUUAUGGUCCUGUUUGGGGCUGAGAUGGUUUGCUGCUGUCUUGUGUUUCUCGCUGUCUGCUUUUUUCUGCGAUCGCCACGGCACCCGCACCGGGGGGACAGAUCGAACGGCAACGCGUAUCGUGCCUCCAGUGCGAGGAACAAUGCACCGCAUGUGUGCGCCGCUCCUGCGGCGCCCGCGGAGCAGGCGAAUCAGCCGACCCGGCCCGCUAACGUGGGGGCCAGUCGUCCGGGAUGGGUUGAGAGUGAGCACAUCCGCGGCAUCAUACAUGUCGCGCAUGCGUGGUAUCUUCUGCUGCUGUCCCGUGACUUCCUUUUUCUAUCGUUUGCCUUCAGCGUCAGCAUGGGAAGCGUGUGGGCCUUUGCGUCGGUGCUAACACAGCUUUUGGAGCCGUUUGGUGUCUCGCAGGAGCUGGCGGGAGCGAUGGGGGCAAUCAACAUUGUUGUCGGAACCGUUACGGCCUAUGCGGCUGGCGCGUGGGUCGGCCACAGCCGCAGCUAUAAAUUAUUGCUGCUUUUAUGCUUCCUGCUCUCCGUUGUGUGUUGUUCCGGUCUUAUUCUUACGAUGAUGUGGGCUCCGCCGAAUACGCCGCUGAUAAACGCCUUGUUUGUCUUCUUGUACGUCGCUGCGGGCGUGGGACAAAACACCGCCAUACCCAUCUGCUUUGAGUUUUCCAUGGAGAUUGCGCACCCCAUGCCGGACUCGGUCCCGGGCGCAAUUCUUAUGGCGGGCGCAAAUAUCGUCUCGCUCGUUUUGCUCUCCGUCGCCUCUGCCCUGCUUGGCGACGGCCUCGCCACACCACAAGGCGCGGUGAAUGUCACGGCGAUGAUCAACGUCGUUUCGGUGGUCGGUGGCAUCUUUGCGCUGGUCCCUGCUGAAAAACUACGCCGCCAUGAGGCCGAGCUGGAGGCGCAGCGGCCCACCGACGCCUGUGAGGCCGGUUGUGCGGCAGGGAACUGCGCGGAGGGGGAGGCGAUGCGGAAGCUACGCAUGCGCGGCGGGAGUCGAGACGGCAGCCCCAUGACGCAUCCAGCCGUGGGCAGGGAAGCUGAGCCACGAGUCAACCCCCGUCAGACGAUGGGAGGCGAAGUGGAUGGCAUUUUCCGUUCCGCCGGCGACGAGCGUCACACGCGGCCGUAA